AUGCUAAAAAUUAUUAUCCCAACAAUCAUACUCCUCCCCAUAACCCUCCUCUCACCCCCCAACUUCCUAUGAACAAACACUACCGCCUACAGCCUCCUAAUUGCCGCCAUCAGCCUGCAAUGGCUCCACCCGACAUACUUCCCCCAUAAAAACCUCUCCGUAUGGGCAGGCAUUGACCAAAUUUCAGCCCCCCUUCUAGUUCUAUCCUGCUGACUACUUCCUCUCAUACUCAUAGCCAGCCAAAACCACCUACAACAAGAACCCCUAACACGAAAACGCAUCUUUAUCGCCACUCUAAUCACAAUCCAACCUUUUAUCCUCCUAGCUUUCUCAGCCACCGAACUAAUCCUAUUCUACAUCUCAUUCGAAGCAACCCUUAUCCCCACCUUAAUCCUAAUCACCCGAUGAGGAAACCAACCGGAACGACUCAGUGCUGGCAUUUACCUCCUAUUCUACACUCUAAUCAGCUCCCUCCCACUCCUCACCACUCUCCUAUAUCUUCACGCGCAAACUGGCACCUUACACCUCCCCACCCUAGAACUAACUCAACCCCCACUGUCAUACUCAUGAACUAGCACCCUAUCCGGGCUAGCCCUCCUAAUAACAUUCAUAGUAAAAGCGCCCCUAUAUGGCCUCCACCUCUGGCUGCCCAAAGCUCACGUAGAGGCUCCCAUUGCAGGCUCCAUACUCCUAGCUGCCCUCUUACUAAAACUAGGCGGGUACGGUAUUAUGCGCAUCACCCUACUAACCGGCCCCCUCACAAGUCACCUGUGCUACCCCUUCUUGACCUUUGCCCUAUGAGGCGCACUAAUAACCAGCUCAAUCUGCCUCCGCCAAACCGACCUAAAGUCACUUAUCGCCUACUCCUCCGUAAGCCACAUAGGCCUAGUUAUCGCGGCCUGCAUAAUCCAAACUGACUGAGCAUUCUCAGGGGCCAUAAUCCUCAUAAUCGCACACGGCUUGACCUCCUCCAUGCUAUUCUGCCUAGCCAACACCAACUACGAACGAACACAUAGCCGAAUCCUACUCCUAGCACGAGGCAUACAACCCCUCCUCCCCCUUAUAAGCACAUGAUGACUACUAGCUAACCUUACAAACAUAGCACUCCCGCCCACUACCAACCUAAUAGCAGAGCUCACAAUCAUAAUCGCACUCUUCAACUGGUCUCCGUUCACCAUUAUCCUGACCGGCCUUGCAACACUUCUUACCGCCUCAUACACCCUCUUCAUACUCCUAACAACCCAACGUGGACCACUACCCACCUUCAUCUCAUCAAUCCCAAACUCAAAUACACGAGAACACCUACUAAUAACCCUACAUAUUCUCCCCAUACUCCUCCUCAUACUAAAACCGGAACUUAUCACAGGGGCCCUCUAA